CACCCGCCAUGCCGUAUCGCCGCCACGCAACGGCCCGUGGUCCGUGGGCCCGCCGUGAGCGCCGACCCUAGCCGCCGCGCCGCGUCUCUCUCACACUCACACUCUCUGUCUCGCUCCCCGCCCCCGCGCGCGCGAGUGCGUGUGCCGGCAAUGUCGCGCGAAUCGCUCCGCACCGCCGAUUGGGAGCGCGCCGCCCCCGCCGCCGGGCGCUACUACCACCGCGACGACGAUGCGGACGGCGACGACGAGGACGGCGGCGCGUCGCCGCCACCGGUUGAAUGCGUCUUCGAGCGUGUGAAACUACCGCGGGCGCGCGACACCGGCCACCACCACCAUGACGACGACGACGACGGCGACGACGGCCGUGCGUCGGCGUUCGAUGACCGCUUCGGCUGGACGAUCGCGGCUUCAGCCGGCGGGGGUGGUGGUGGCGGUGGAGGUGGUGCGAGUGGCCGCCGGCCGGUAUCGUACCCGUGGGGUCCGGAGGCGCGCAUCGUCGAGGACGCGCCGCUCGGCUUCGAUCCGGCCGCCAAACGCGCCUCCGACCCGCCACCCGCGCGCCCCUCUAAGAACCAGAAGGCGCAAGUGAAACCCUUCACCAAGGAGUCGCUCGAACGCCUCGAGCGCAAGACGGUGCAGCUUAUAAAGGAGUACGGCUUUCAGCCGCGCCGCAAACUCAGUGUGGAAGACGGUUCGCGUCUGCCCGCCAAGUACGAGCCGUUUCCGAAAAAGCUCUAUGGCAGGCCAUUGGAGGAAAUCGACAGCUUUAUCUAUGAUGAGACAUUUUGCGUGGUGUCGAAGCGCUUUCGCAAGAACUACAUCCAUCGCUUCACGGCGACCAGCUCGUUCUUCUUGUUCAGCCCGUGGAGCCGCUACCGGAAGGCGUGCAUCUUCCUGUGCACGAACCAGUUCUUCGACUAUCUCGUCAUGGCUACAAUAUUGCUCAAUUGCGUCUUCCUCGCCAUGACUGAAACGAUCGAAGAAGCCGAGUAUGUUUUUUUAGCCAUAUACACCUGCGAGAUGACCAUCAAGAGCGUCGCCAAGGGCUUCAUCCUGAACAAAUACACGUACCUUCGGAAUCCGUGGAAUUGGCUCGAUUUUGUCGUCAUCUCCAGCGGGUACGCGACGAUAGGCAUGGAGGUCGGCAAUCUCGCCGGGCUGCGCACGUUUCGCGUGCUGCGAGCGCUCAAAACGAUAUCCAUACUGCCAGGUCUGAAGACCAUCAUUAACGCACUGUUGCAUUCGUUCAAGCAAUUGGCGGAAGUAAUGACGUUGACCAUCUUCUGUCUGAUGGUGUUUGCCCUUUUCGCGUUGCAAGUGUACAAGGGUGAGCUGCGCAACAAGUGCGUGUUGAAAAUGGACGACCACAAUGCCACGUACGAAGCCUGGUACAACUGGACGACGAAUCCAGAGACGUGGCUGAUAAAGAACGAAACGGGCGAUCCGGUCAUCUGUGGGAACGUCACCGGCUCGCGCCACUGCCCGCCGUCGCAUACGUGCCUCUGCGUCGGCGACAACCCCAACCACGGCUACACGAGCUUCGACAACUUCCUCUGGUCCAUGCUCACCACCUUCCAGCUCAUCACCCUCGACUACUGGGAGAACGUGUACAACAUGGUGCUGUCGGCGUGCGGACCAAUCAGCGUCUCGUUUUUCACGAUCGUCGUUUUUUUCGGCUCCUUCUAUCUCAUCAACCUCAUGCUGGCUGUGGUAGCGCUAAGUUACGAGGAGGAAGCUGAGAUCACCAAUGAGGAACGUAAAAAAGAGUUAGUAGACCACCGAGAAGACUCCACUUUCAGUUUCGAUCCGGCCAACAUCCAUGUAAAGCAGCUCUCAAAGCACAAGAUUAAAAAGAUCGACGCCCGUAAAGGUGUUCUAUUAUCGUCCUACACAAGAAAGAGAACACGGCGGAGAAAACGCGGCCGGAGCAAUGCGAUAACCUCGCCGCCUCCGGAAUUACCCUCGGGCGAGAUAAAAGAAGAGCCCAAGGAGCAGAAAACCUCGUCCAAGGGCAGCGCCAAGUCCUCUCCGAAACAAAAAUCCAGUAGAUCUGUUACACCCAGUCCAAGUCCCAGUCCACGUAAUAGCAGGGCAAGUAAUUCCCCACGUCCCCAACUGUUACCUCUACCGCUACCAGCACCAAAACAUGUACAACUAUCAGAUCCCAAAUGUCCCGACACCCUACAGUCAGCAAACACCUUAGCUCCCCAUAGACUAGGACCACACAGCAGACAAACAAGUAGUAAUAGUGAGGGGAACAAUAGAGAAUCAUCUUUGGAUGAUUCCGGAGUGGUGGAUGAUCAUGAUGAUGGUGAUGUGACAUCAGAAGAUGUUGGAUCACAAAUACAGCCUGUAAUCAGGAGAGUUGAAGUAACACCAGUAACAUUAUCUGUAAGUCCGAAAGAAAUCAAAGUGAUCAAGUGCAAUGGCGUGGGCGAUUGCAAAGGGGGCACGAAGAAGCACAACAUGUACACGCUGCCGCCAGACUACCUCUCACACAUAGUCGUAAUAGAUGAUCUUCCUGAUAGAAACUGCCCUGGUUGUGAACGCUGCUGCAUGGAUUACAACGGGUGGCUGCAGUUUCAGCAGAUUAUGUACGGAAUCGUGAGAGAUCCGCUUUUUGAGCUUGCCAUUACGGUGUGCAUCGUGCUGAAUACCGUUUUCCUUGCGAUGGAGCACCACGGAAUGAGUGAAAGUGUUCUGAGGGCUUUAGACAUUGGCAAUAAGGUGUUCACUUCCAUAUUCACUCUUGAAUGUUGCCUCAAACUAAUGGCUCUAAGCAAAGACUUCUUUCAAUGUGGUUGGAAUAUUUUCGACUUGAUCAUCGUCUCUGCUAGUCUGCUCGAUUUAAUUUUUGAAUUAGUGGAUGGUCUUUCCGUGCUUCGCGGUCUCCGAUUGCUGCGGGUAUUGAAGUUGGCUCAGAGUUGGAUUACGAUGAAGGUCCUGCUCAGUAUCAUCAUCAGCUCGAUCGGCGCGCUGGGAAAUCUUACCUUCGUGUUGGUGAUCGUCAUUUACAUCUUUGCCGUCAUCGGCAUGCAGCUGUUUUCUAAGGAUUACACUAUUGAUAAGUUUUAUCCUGAUCCAAUACCCAGGUGGAACUUUACCGACUUCUUUCAUUCCUUCAUGAUGAUCUUUCGUAUUCUAUGUGGAGAGUGGAUUGAGCCACUUUGGGAUUGUAUGAGAGCUGAAGCGCAUGAGGGUCCUGGAAUUUGUUUAGCGAUCUUUCUGCCUACACUGGUGAUGGGUAACUUCAUGGUUCUGAACUUGUUCUUGGCGUUGUUGCUCAACAGCUUUAACAGCGAGGAGCUGAAGACGCGCAAGGAGGUAUUCGUCAAGGAAGUGGGCGAUGAAUCGAAACUGGCGCAGAGCUUUGACCGCAUUCGUGAAUUGGUGCAGAAGAAAAAGAUUACACGAAUGCAGGAGCAGACGCAGAAUGAUGAUAAUUCGCGGUUGGAGCAAAUUGUCCGAGAAGUGAUGCAACGCCAUGCUGAAGAAGAAGCCUUUGCUAGAGUUGGUUUAACAACAAAAGCCAUUCAACAAUCAACAGUUGUGGCAUUUCCUCGUGAUAAACGCAGUUAUCAGGAAGCUAUGAACCGACCGAUUUCAAUCAUCAGUUACGAACCUCCCGAGUAUCAAGAAACUCUACACGAAGGUUUAGAACCUCAUGUUCAACAUGUACACUACGAGGAUACUGGUAACGGUCGUAGUCGCUAUGCGACUCUAAUCAAUGGCACUUCAGAGGACACAGAACACAACUCCGAGUGUGGCCGUAAAGAACCUGCUCCUUUGUUACAAAACAUGUCCUCAGGGUUAGGUACAACCAAUGAUAGCAAAGACGAAAGCGUUGAAUCAGUCGAGAUGAAAAACUUCAACCGCGGCAUCUCCGCCGAUACUGAACACGACGAGGAGUCGGCGCUCUGUCCCCAACGCAGUAAGGACGAUGCAUCGUCGGUGGGCGGCCCAAUGGGUGGGCAAAUUGGUCCCGACGGCGCUGGUCCAGGUGAAGACAAACCGUGGCAGGCAAUCGCUUCUUAUGUUGACGAGUUGACUGUAGGUGGCAGGAGGAACUCGAAGGGGCAGUACAUUGACGGCAUGGGCAACUUCCCGUACUUCGGUCGCAACAAGACACCACGCACCCCACCCGAUUGCUUCCCGCACCAUUGCUAUGAAAAGUGCAUUUGUUGGAACCAGCUACUGCAGACACCGAUUGGUAAUAGGUGGACCAAUGGAAGAACUGCAGUUAUGUCUGUGGUGGAUACACCUGCGUUUGAAUGGUUCAUCUUAGUGCUCAUUUUUGCGUCGUCGGUGACUCUCUGUUUCGAAGAUAUUCAUUUGGAUGAAAACCCUAGACUGAAGUCCAUUCUAUACUGGACAAACCUUGUUUUUUCGAUGAUCUUCGUCAUCGAGAUGGUUCUCAAGUGGAUUGCGUUGGGUUUUCAUAAGUAUUUCAGUGAAUUCUGGACUCUGCUGGACUUCCUCAUCGUGUUCGUCAGUUUAUUCAGUCUGCUCAUCGAAGAAAACGAAAAUUUAAAAGUCCUUAGAUCUUUGAGGACUCUAAGAGCGUUGAGACCAUUAAGAGCAAUAAGUAGAUGGCAAGGAAUGCGUAUUGUAGUGAACGCAUUAAUGUACGCCAUCCCUAGUAUCUUCAACGUGUUGCUGGUGUGUUUGGUUUUCUGGUUGAUAUUCUCCAUCAUGGGCGUCCAGUUCUUCAGCGGUAAGUUCUUCAAGUGCGUGGACGAGGACGGCGAGAUUCUCCCAACGACCAUUGUAAACACAAAAUGGGAGUGCUUCGAGCAGAACUUCACCUGGAUCAACUCGAAGAUUUCCUUUGACCACGUGGGCAUCGCCUAUCUGGCAUUAUUUCAAGUGGCCACCUUCGAGGGAUGGAUGGAAGUCAUGGCCGACGCAGUAGACGCUCGAGGGGUUAAUCUUCAACCACAAAGGGAAGCCAAUCUCUACGCGUACAUCUACUUCGUUAUCUUCAUCGUGUGUGGAUCCUUCUUCACGUUGAACCUCUUCAUUGGAGUUAUUAUCGAUAACUUUAACAUGUUGAAGAAAAAGUACGAAGGUGGAGUGUUAGAAAUGUUCCUCACCGAAUCACAAAAGCACUACUACACCGCUAUGAAGAAGCUAGGCAGGAAGAAACCUCAGAAGGUUAUCAAGCGUCCCUUGAACCCAUUCCUGGCGAUGUUUUACGACCUGUCAAACUCGAGACGGUUUGAGAUCGCCAUAUUCGUGCUGAUCUUCCUUAACAUGCUGAGUAUGGGCAUCGAGCACUAUGAUCAACCUCAUGCGGUCUUCUUCCUGCUCGAAGUUAGCAAUGCUUUCUUCACCACGGUGUUUGGUCUCGAAGCGAUCGUAAAGAUCAUUGGCCUAAGGUAUCAUUACUUUACGGUGCCGUGGAACGUCUUCGAUUUUCUACUUGUGUUCGCGUCUAUAUUUGGAAUUUUGAUGGAGGAUAUUAUGAUUGACUUUCCGGUGUCGCCGACUCUCCUUAGAGUAGUGAGAGUUUUCAGAAUUGGAAGGAUAUUACGAUUAAUUAAGGCUGCAAAAGGAAUUCGUAAACUUCUUUUUGCGUUGAUAGUCUCACUUCCCGCUUUGUUCAACAUCGGGGCACUAUUGGCCCUGAUUACCUUCAUCUACGCCAUAAUUGGGAUGUUCCUAUUUGGACAUGUCCGGCAACAAGGUGCCCUAGAUGAUAUGGUGAACUUUGAAACUUUUGGACGGUCUAUGCACCUCCUUUUUCGGCUCAUCACCUCAGCAGGAUGGAAUGAUGUGCUCGAGAGCUUAAUGGUACAACCACCAGAUUGUGAUCCGUCGUACAUGGGUCAAACCAAUGGCGAUUGUGGAUAUCCGCUUUUGUCAAUAAUCUACUUCACUAGCUUCAUCAUCAUCAACUACAUGAUUGUCAUCAACAUGUACAUCGCCAUCAUUCUGGAAAACUUCAACCAAGCACAUCAAGAGGAAGAAAUAGGCAUUGUUGAGGAUGACCUUGAGAUGUUCUACAUUCGUUGGUCCAAAUACGAUCCGCACGCGACGCAAUUUAUUAGAUUCUCACAAUUGUCUGAUUUCAUUGCUUCUUUAGACCCGCCUCUAGGCAUCUCAAAGCCGAACACCGUUGCGUUGGUGAGUUUUAAUUUGCCCAUCGCUAAAGGCAACAAGAUCCACUGUCUGGAUAUCCUGCAUUCGCUUGUCAAACAUGUGCUCGGACACGUGGAGGAGACGGAUAAUUUCAGACAGUUGCAAGAUCAGAUGGACGUUAAGUUCAAGAAACAAUUUCCAACGCGCAAAGAGUUGGAGAUUGUGUCCUCCACGCGCAUCUGGAAGCGGCAAGACAAAGCCGCCCGGGUGCUGCAGAAGGCCUUCAGGAAUUACGUUAAGCGCAAGCUGGAACUGGAAGCUGAGCAAGACGUGGAGGACGAACAGACACAAACAUCGUCACCAGGUGAUUGGAAGGGUCGCCUCUCGGCGUUCUUGCAUGUGCAUCGAGGGAGUCGCGCGUCCUCUCGCAAGUCCUCCCGGGCCUCAGACGCGAGCGACCUGAGCGAACUGGGUGGCCCGUGGCUGAAUCUGCCACUGCUGUUGCUUUCGAGCGCAGCGAAUAUGGACCCGGAGGAGUUGGACGCGGCGCGCGAGUCCGCCGAUGUCAGCAUCAAGGUGCACGGGGCGACCCCGGACGCCAUCUCACCAACGCCUGCAUCUGUCCCAAUCAGACGGCGCAGCAUGUGCAACUUCCCGUUCUUCCUGCGCCACCAGGACGCCGUCGACACGACGGAGCCGGCCGCGCCUGCGCUGAGCCUGCACCCAGCCACCGCCGAGGAGGCACGUCCCAAGCGCGGCAGCAUCGUGCGCCGUAAGCGCUCGGUGAAGGCCAACAAAGGUGCGAAUCACGCGCAGCAGGACGCGACUAGUGUCUCUUCCAGCUCCUCCGAUGCGAAGCACGGCACUGAUGUUAGCAUUUUAGUGACGCAGGCAUCGCCCGAUUCACCCGGCGCACGCCGCCCCUCACUUAUGCGUCAGCAGAGUGAGGCGGCGGCCGGCACCGUGGUGCAGGUGCUGGUGCACCGCGAGAGCGAGGAGUACCGCGCAGCCGACGACAGCGCAGAUGAGAGAGACGUCCGCAUCAUCGUCCCGCCCCGCCAGCCGACGCCCCCGACCUCGCCCCCGCAGCCGCCCCACACCAGCUGAUCCCACUCACCCUAAACCUAAGUCAUGUACAUAAAUAAAUACAUAGCAAUAGCGUAGUGACUAAGCCCUAAGCGACCUAUGUAAUACUAAAAUGAAUAACAGAGAUCCAAACUCGUAGCGGACACGUAUCUACACGCUUGAUUCGUUUUCGAUUGAAUUUGAAUUACUCACGUUCGAAGAUAUAAACAUAACGAAACACACAACUACAAAAAUGGUAAAGUGAUUAAUUCUAAUUAAUUAAAGAAAAGGGGAACUAAUUACGACGUUGUACAUAUUACCAUGUAAAGUAAUUAAGCGAAGCGAAGACAAGGUGAUUUUUUAAAGAUUGUAGUUACCUAGCUAGUAUAUCAAAACAAACAGAAUAGCGGGUAGCUAUUUUGUUCGACGUAAACAAACAAACAAAAAAAAACUACUAAAAAGCAAAAAAGUUAAAUAAAAAGAUUCCAGUAGCGUUAGAGGAGUAAUAAGUAACUUAUCGUUAAUAAAUUAAUCCAAGCGAUUAAAACGUGAAUAAAUUAUAAAGUUUUUUGUUUCAAAUUACGAACGAAACAUUGAUGUACAUUUCAAUUGAUUCAAUCUCAUUCUAAGUCAAUUACUAAACGAGGAAAAGCUAGUGGUGAAUUUAACGAUUAACGAAAAUAGCUGAUCUUUAAACAUCCGUAGCUAGUUUGCAGAGAUUUAGCAAAUCUUUUAGCUUGUUUUUAACGAUUAAUUGUUACCGAUUCGUUCUCGAUUCAUUGCAUUUUCUUACUUGACUCAGCACAAAGCCUCAACGCAAAAACCGACGAUUAAUUAGGUGUAAAGAAAAUUGAGAACAAACUGGAAAUUCGUACAAUCAGUAAUCGUAAUAAAUUAAACGUAAACUAGUCACUAUUAAGAUAGAUUUAAUGAAGAAAAUCUGUACAUUUAGCGAAAAUGAUGUUAGAGGUGGAAACUAAACCUUAAAAACAAAUGUCGCGUCUGAUUAUGAUGAAUUUAGGAUGAACCAGAGACAUAUCGUGCUUGGGACAUGAUCAAAAAUAUCAAAAGUAAUUGCUUACCGUUCCGAAUUUCGCUUCAAUAUGCUUGUGCAACGCAUGUUUUUACAAACUUACUCACGUCACUGCGCUUGUCCGCCAUUUUCGAACGACGCUCGUGUGGCAACUUUGAAUCCAUCAAUUUCGAACGAUAUUCAAACUUUUCGGCGCUGAUUUUUCCACUUUGUGAGGCAGCAAAGCAUAGCUUUUCGAUACGCUUGACGCCUGAAUAUUAUACAAUAAACGUAAACGCAAAUAAAAUACAUUUGACAAUAUUAAGCGAGUAAACGAUUUAUGAAUUGCGAACAAUUAUGGCGUGAACAAAACAAAAACAAGCAAAACCAAACAAAAACGUUAAACGUUUAUGGCCUACAAUUAGAGACUAGAGUCUUACAAGGUAAUUGAUGAACAUAAAUUGAACAUAAAAUGAAAAAUUUCAAAAAUUAAAGCAACAAUAUCGCGAUUUUUAAAUGAAUGUAUAAAAAUAGAGCGAUAGAUAUUUAAUGUUAACAUUAUCAAGUGAAAUACAUAUAAAUAAUGAGAAUUUAAAAUUUUAAAAUUAAAUGAGAUAUUUAUUGUAUAUAAAUAUGAAUAUAUAUUUAAUUUCAAACAGAGUUACAGCUUGAAGUCGAUUUUUAACACUAAAACAAAGCAAGUACAUGCAAAACUUGAGCAGUAAUGCCUAAAUAAACUUAAAGUAAGUGCUUUUUAUAAUUAUUUGCCUCUAUGGUGUGUAAAUAGUGAAGAAUUUAAACGAAAUUUGAACGCAUUCGUUAUUUACCAUUACAUUUACAUUCAAUUGUGAUAUUAAUAAGAUUGAGAUAUGUUUAAUAUUAAUUUUAAGUUUUUUAAUUGUUACUUGAUACUUGUUGUAUUUUACUUGUUACUUUCUGUGCGUUAUCAUGCAGUUGUAUUAUUAAGAUGUGCACAUGUUUUUGAAACGCAAGCAAAUUACUGAAAAGUUACUUGAUAAACGAAGCGCAGCUCGUCAAACACGAUUUUAUCGACACACGACGUACGUUAAUUAAAUUUUAUGCCAAAAUAUUUUAAUAAUGUACAUACAGAGAGUUAAAUAUUAUGAGCUAACGUUUAAGAUUGUAUCCAGUCACACACAAACCAAGAAAACAAAACCAAGAAAAUUUUAAACACAUCUACAACCAAUUAACUGUAUAAUCUUUACCGAGAGACAUUUUCAAUUACUUAUUGAUUGUAAUCAUUGUAAUUAUGUAAUUACGUACGCGUGCAAACGUACACAUUGUUGGUAGUGAUGUAAAAUUCGUUGAACAAUCGAUUUGCCUAGAUUGCCUUUGAGAUUAUUACAUUUUUCAAUUCGAAUGUAUUAAACACUAUUGUAAAAUUAAACCAACAAAAGCGAACGAGCCGAGAAAAUCUUCACAUUACUAUAAAAAUAAUGAAAUUAAUGAAUAAUAAAGUAUAAAUACGAUAUCAAUAAUAUAAUGAUAACGAGACAAUUGAAUUGACACAACCGAAAGAGUGACGCCGUUUCAAAAUGGCACCGAUGUGAAACGUAAACAUUUAAACUAUAAAGAUAAACUAAUAUGAAGAUAAUUGAAUGUGUAUUAAAACUAUGGGAUAUCAUUGUUAAUUUAUUACUAAGUUUAGAUAACGACAUUGAUGAUACUAUCAUAUAUUGAACAGAUGAUUUUAGCAUGUAAUUAAUUAAUAUUACAAUUAAUUGAGAACUUUAGAUCAAAUUGGGUAUUUGACGCUUUUAAAUUGAAUCGAACAACAAAUAAGAAUUAAUGCUAUGUUUUAAACAAAGUUUAUUAAUGAGAAAA